CGUUUUAUAUGUGCGUUCCAUUAAAAACGUCAACUUCAUUGCUGCAUUAAAUCCUUUUCCAGUUUUUCUUAGAAGUUUGCAUAUACAUGCAUGAAAUGAAUAUCUUUUAUGAGAAAUGUUGUGUCCUUAUAAAAGCUUUCCGCAAUAAUUGUUGAGGAAUGUAUUUUCAUCCAUGUUUGAGUUGACAGAUGAACCUUGUUUUUCCGAUAUCAAAAAUGGAAAAGUUUAAUCUAUGACUUAACCUUAAUUUUGAACUUGUUAAAGAAUUUUGGUUAUUUCUUAUCAGAAUUUUAAAUUAGUAAGAAGUCCGAAAAAAAUAAUGGCUUUACGGGUUACUCAUUUGUGGAAAUGUAGUAAAUACAUUAAUGAGAAUAUUCAGAUGAUGUCCAGGUCAUUAUUGACUUCCAACCUGAGGUACAACACUGAAGCAGCAGAAAAAGAAAAAUCUUCAGAAAACCAGGCUCCUCCAGCAGCCGAAGGAAAGCCAAAUAACAUGGAAGAUAAAUCCAAUGCUAUUACAGAACAUCUGAACAAGAAAAUUUUGGAUCUUACAGAAAAAAAUAAUGACUUAACGGACAAAUAUAAAAGAGCACUUGCAGAUGGUGAAAAUAUGAGGCAGCGUUUAACAAAACAAAUAGCAGAUGCUAAAAUAUUUGGAAUUCAAAGCUUCUGUAAAGAUCUCUUAGAUGUAGCAGAUGUUUUAGCGAAGGCAACUGAAACUGUGCCCAAAAAUGAACUUAAUGAGAAAAAUCCCCACUUAAAGACCUUAUAUGAAGGACUGGUUAUGACAGAAGCACAAAUGAAAAAUGUUUUCAAAAGAUAUGGUCUUGAACCUGUUAAUCCUGUAAAUGAGAAAUUUGAUCCAAAUUACCAUGAAGCUCUUUUCCAACAAGAAGUACAAGGAAAGGAGCCUGGGACAGUUGUAGUUGUAUCCAAAAUUGGUUAUAAACUUCAUGAUAGAGUGCUCAGACCAGCUCUUGUAGGUGUAUCAAAAUAGUAUACUAGAAAUUAAUUUGUGAUUACUUAUUUCAAUUCUUGUUACUUAUAUGUUGAAAUAAAUAUAAUAUAUACCGGGAAAUGAUCAAUGUCACAUUUGUUAUUUGUGGUGAAAAUUAAUUUAUACGUAAAAUCAAAUCUAAGUGAUGAAGAUUCAGACUUCUGUCGGACAUCAAGUUGCAUUGAUAUAAUUUCAACUCUAUCCGACCAUUGUCGACUUUCUUCUUAACCUCAAAUAAAUAGAUGUAACUCAUGUAGAAAGAACACAGACUGAUGUUAUUAAGUUUGUCUAACUCAGAUUAAAGAAAUGUACAAAUUUUA